GCGUGCCCCCAGCCGCGGCGGCCCGCACCCCCGCGCCCCUCCCCCGCGGCCAGCAGGACUAGGUGGCCCCGCGAGCCGCACUGCGGGCGGUCCCCGCCUCCGCUCCGGAGGGGCAGCCGCAGCAGCUUAAGCUCUACAUUUGUAACAUCCAACUGCUGUCUCUUGAUUGGACCAUUUUCAAGAACUGAUACCAGUUUUCAUACAGCUUAAAAGCAAGUGGAGAGGCGAAGCACAGGGAACAACGGAUCAGACCAUACUGAACUCCCUUGGAGUGACUGAGAUCCGUGGAGGAUGCUGGCUGCCAAGUGGCUGAGGAGGCCCUCACUCUAAGGUGGGAAAGCAGGUCUCAGCGGGACAGCUUCCUCCACUCCUCGGCUCACCAUGGCCUCCACUCUCUGGCUGGACGGCUGACGUGACUGUGUGCCCCAAGUGUGCACGUUGUGGGACUGGGUGCCGUCCCAGGUACUGCCUGCUCUCAGGGUCUGGGAGCAGGGCAGGUGGGCAUCAGAUGCUACCAAAAGCUGGACAGGGCAGAGCGAUGGACUCCGACAAGCUAAGAUGGAAGUGACCUGAGGCCUCGUCCAGGUGGUUUCCUCUUGACAGGACAGCUUAAGAGUUGGAGCACAGGCUUGUCUGGGGAGCAGUAUGCAGGAAGCUGGUUUUCAGGCCACAAAUGCUUUCACAGAGUGCAAAUUCACCUGCACCAGCGGUAAAUGCUUGUAUCUUGGUUCAUUGGUCUGUAACCAACAGAAUGACUGUGGGGACAACAGUGAUGAAGAAAACUGUCUCCUGGUGACUGAACACCCACCUCCAGGCAUCUUCAACUAUGCUGCGGUGUUUGAGGGAGCACAGAGGCAGAACGUGGAAGGGCUGGAUGCAAACAGAAGCAUAUGUACUCCCAGGAAAUCGGAGCUGGAGUUCGCCCAGAUCAUCAUCAUCGUCGUGGUGGUCACAGUGAUGGUCGUGGUCAUCGUUUGCCUGCUGAAUCACUACAAAGUCUCCACACGGUCCUUCAUCAACCGCCCGAGUCAGAGUCGGAGGCAGGAGGACGGGCUGCAGCCGGAAGGGCGCCUGUGGCCUUCAGACAGCUCUGGACCUCGGCCAGGCGCCUCGGAGACCAUGUACGCCCCGCGAUCCAGGGACAGGUUUACUGCCCCAUCCUUUAUCCAGAGGGAUCGGUUCAGCCGCUUCCAGCCCACUUACCCCUACGUGCAGCAUGAAAUUGACCUUCCUCCUACCAUCUCCCUGUCAGACGGGGAGGAGCCACCUCCUUACCAGGGGCCCUGUACCCUGCAGCUCCGGGACCCCGAACAGCAGAUGGAACUCAACCGAGAAUCUGUGAGGGCCCCACCCAACCGAACCAUAUUUGACAGCGAUUUGAUAGACAUUUCUGUGUACAAUGGGGGCCCAUGCCCGCCCAGCAGCAAUUCGGGCAUAAGUGCCAGCACCUGUAGCAGUAACGGGAGGAUGGAGGGGCCACCGCCCACAUACAGUGAGGUGAUGGGCCACUACCCAGGCGCCUCUUUCUUCCAUCACCAGCACAGCAACGCACACAGAGGGAGCAGACUGCCGUUUCAGCAGGACAGCUCGGGGAGCACAGUGGUGCCCAUCCAGGGCAAAGACAGGAAGCCUGGGAACCUCGUCUGACCCUCCGACGUGUGUUCGAGUUGAGGAGAAAGAAACUGAGGAGGGAGACGGGCUGCCCUGCCCCUCCGCUCCCGAGCACAACAUUGUUCAGUUUUACAUGCUACAACUAAGUAAAACCAAAUGUGCAAACGUGAUCUUUGUUUCUGAUUCCUUUCAGGGGAAUUGCAUGCAAACUAGACUGAAAUAAUACAAACUUCCGUUUGGUCUGACCGCAAACAGUGUUUUUUUGGGAGCAGGCCUUGGGACGGGGGGUGGUUUUGGCAAAGGGUGGGCAGGGGAACACAGAGAAAGGGAUUUGAAGAUACCAUGAAAUAAAACCCACAGAGGUAUUUGAUUUAUUUAAUUGUGAAAGGAGACUUUGAAGAGAAAGAGGCCAGAAUGGCCCGUUUUAUAAUUAACUGAAUAAAGAAGGAACCGUUAUUAUAUAUUAUCAUGGGGAAGAAGUGGCCAGUUUGCUUUUUCUCCCAAGGUGUGGAACUUUUAUUUUGUUUUAAAAAUAUGAUUCACAUUUCCUGUUUUGUGUGCCAAGGUAUAAAGUGGAGAAGUUAGAUGAAUGCAAGGAGUUAAUUUGUGUUGUGACGAUGUGUUUUUAAAAGUUGCACUAUCUUAAUGUUUAAAAUAUAUAUGAGGGAACUGUUUUAUGUGAAGUUCUGUAUGUUGUCUUCUCACCUGUGGAUUAUCAGGCCCAAGGAAUAUCCCGGAGUGUCAUCCACAAUCAUGCGAGAAAAGGUGUUUGGGGGCGUAGCCUAACAUAUGCUUACUUACGUAAAUCAGGAGAGUCAUCGGCGUUGCGAGUCAAAUGUCGGUGCAUCACUGAAGCACUGGGAGGCUUUUGGAUGGAAGAGAGGAAAGACUAAAUUUCAGCCUUUCUGACUUGUUGAGUCACUCUGCUAGUCUUAGGCUGCAUACUUUACUAAAAAUGAACCCAACACAUGCAUUUAUGUAUCCAGUAUCAUGCAGUACUGCCCUCAUCCUCCAGCAGUGCAGUUUCUUCAGUAAUUUAGGUUUUUUCACUGUAGCAUGAAAUAUACCUAGAUGCAUACAUUAUUUUAUGCAAUAAAUUGUUUAACAUGCACGGUGGUUAUUUUGAAUCCUGUUGAAAUAUGUGACUGCUCAGUGCAUCCUCGCUGUCUCUCCUUCCCCAGAUAGUGCAGUGCGGUCUGGACGGCUGGUCAGCGCACGGGCGGCUCUCAGCAGCUGUUGCCCAUGCAGCCCGCCCGCCCAGGUGUGUGAGUGGCACCGGCAGUGGGUUACUUCACACAUAGGAAGGCCCUGGAAUUGAAGGAGACGAAGUUGCUGAGCAUAAUAAGCCCCUGAGCUUGACUAGCGCUGGCGCGGUGUUCUUUGAGGAAGGCAGUCCUCAGCACUCGCCCAAACUGCUGCGGGAGUCCACUCAGCCUUUGUGAUGGUGGCCAGAACUGACGGUCAGUUAUAACUCAGUGCAGGGAGCACAGGAUAAAAAGCACAACAUGCAGUUAAAAUGCAACUAGGAAACUAAUUUUAAAUAUUGUUAGUCUUAAUAUUCCUGAUAUUUACCAACAUUCAUUCUUAUGUAAAAUAACUUUCUUCUGCAGAAGCAAGCAUCUGGCCUUUAUAAGUAGCAGCAGCAGCAGCAAGUUCGACCAGUACCACCCAUGGCAGGCCUAUCUUAACAGGGUAGCACCAGCCUGUUGUGUGCAGUGAGGUCCCUUCGGCCUCUGCGUGCCAGAGUGGACUGGAGUGAUGACUCAGGGACUCUGGUCUCCGCGGUUAAUGUGUUCCUGUCUGUGGGUCUCCGAGGUGGUUUCUCUGUGGGUGACUUUGUGCUGUUGGCUGAGAGCUGGAGAGACCAUUCUGAACUACAAAUCCUGUCCACUGUCCUCUGCUGCUUUCUGCUGCUUUUCUUGGUCAGUAGGUUGCUGGUUUUUGUUUUGAGGAUCGGAAUCUCCAUUAGAUUCAUCCAUUUCACAUAGUAACAUCCACAGAAAUAGUCAAACUCUCAAAAGGAGAGAGAAAAAAUGUGGGCGACAGUUGUCACCCAUAUUUCAGACCUGUUUGGAAGUGUGUACGCUGAGGGUCGCAGUGGGAAUUCCGAGACUGGGCCGAGCCCUGGGCGCCUCGACUCAGGACCAGAGAUUUCCUUUCCCACCACCCUCGAGCCUCCUGACAGGUAGCUGAUCACCUAGAUCACAAGCCUGUGCUUGAGGGAAGCUGGGAAUCUCCAGGGCGUGAAGCCUCACCUCGCCCUGUCAGGUGAAGAUUAGGAAGCGCUUGUCCCAGUCAGGACCCCACUGGUGGUCAGUGUCCCCUCAGACGCAAAAUGAGGUUAGCUACUGGUGUCAUCAUUCCAAAUCUUGCCUGCAGUUUUGGUAGUGUGUGAACCCAUCCUAUGACUCCAGCUCAAAAUGGCUUUACAGUAGUCCUUACUUUUCUACCUGCUGCAAGAAUAGCUGUGGUCAGAAACUUGUACGUUCCUUAGUCACUUUGCAAGUAUAUGGACAUUUGCAGAUGUUCACAGUACUGGCAAAAUAAUUAUUUAAUUCAGCGAACUUUAAUCUUCCUUCAAAAGAGAGGUUCUUCCAUUCAGCCACCCUAGAGAAUUGCCCUUUAGGUUAAAUAGUUGUUUAAAGACACAGACAUAUCAAACCAUGACUUGAAUGGUCUUUGAGGCUAGGCCUUUGUAAUGAAUUAGUUUAUCCAGCCAAGGUCAUAAAUUGAAUUGAUAGUCAGUUCCCCUUCAACGCAGAGAAAGGCUGAUUUAGAUCAGUAGGGCUUUUGAAGGUUGUAGUUACCCUGUUCACACUGUGCCCAUGCUGGCCUGGCGUGGAAAGACAGAGGAAUGACUGUGAAGAUGCAACUUGUACCGUGGAGCCUAAUGUUCAAAAAGCCAUUAUAUGCUUAUGGAACCUCAGGGUCCGUUUUAGAAACCAGUGAUUUAGGCCAUCAAUGAUAGGUUUAUUAGUUCAGUAGUGCUAAGGGAUUGCAUUGUUUGAAAGAAUAGUUGGUGGGAACUGAUACUCCUGGGCAUCCUAUUGUGACUUUUGUCCAUUGUUCCAGGAGCUUCCAGGAGUGUGAAAUCCAAGGCAUAUUGAGUCCCCUUUAUAGGAACAGUCUGCAGGCAUCUGUUUGCUUUUUCAGAAAGUUAGUUUCUUCAGAUACUGAAGCAGUCCUUAGUACAAAGGAGAUUUUGCUAAACAAAUUACACAUUUCAAAAGUUCAUCUUUUCUUUCUAUCUCUGACCAAAACUUA